AUGCUAUCGAGCCCCAUAACCUCAACGCCCUUCUCGGUCAGAGACAUCCUGCGUCCGGAACAGCAGCAGCGCUUCCCCCAGCCCAACUGUGCUGUAUUCCCUAGCCCCAAUGCGCUCAGGGCGCAGGAAUCCCAGCUGUCUCCUGGGGCCCAGGACCCACACAAAAGGCCCGGGGCCGCAGCCUCCAGCCACGGGACUCGAGGUGCUAAUCGCUGCUGGCCCAGGAGCACGGCCAAGGAAGACUUCGAAACCUUAGGAAGCUGCUGUGACACCGUCCUUGAGGUCACCACGGAGACGGCGGGGAUGACAAGGCAAAGCCAGGGCGGGGAGAGGGCAGCGGAGGACAGCAUCGGCAGCAGCUCGGGCUGCCCCGGAGGCCCCUGCGCUGAGCGCUCCAAGGCUCGUCCGCGACGGAAGCCCCGCGUCCUCUUCUCGCAGGCACAGGUGUUCGAAUUGGAGCGCCGCUUCCGACAGCAGAGGUACCUGUCCGCGCCCGAGCGCGAACACCUGGCCCGCGCGCUGCAGCUCACCUCCACUCAGGUGAAGAUCUGGUUUCAAAACCGCCGCUACAAGUGCAAGCGACAACGGCAGGACGCGUCCCUGGAGCUGGCUGGCCAGCCGCUCCCGCCCCCGCCACCGUCGGCACGCAGAGUGGCGGUACCGGUGCUGGUUCGAGACGGCAGACCCUGCUUGCGAGCUGACGGCCAGCCCUACAGCGCGCCAUCCUACGCCCCCUACCUACCUACCUACGGCGCCCCUUACAGCGCCGUUCCCGCCAGCGGCUACCAGUCCUCAGGCCCCCGAGCGAAUCUGAGCUUCGGCGUGGCGGAUCAGUCGGCCCAGAGCUCCCAGGGACAACUGCAAGCCACAUUACAGGGCGUCAGGGCCUGGUGA